AUGGCUACUGAAGGAGCUAUGUUUGAUUGGAGUGGAGUUUAUUUUCAGGAUAUAGUUAAGGCUCCUGAAAAUUUAGUAGUUGUAGGAUAUGCAUCUUUUAUGGUAAUGAUGGCUACAGGACGUUUUAUUGGAGACUAUUUUAAAGUAAAUAUGGUUAAAAAACGUCAUUAUGCAAUUAUGGUUUUUUAUGUCAUCUGGAUUAUUACUUGCAGUUUUUUUCCUCAACUUAUUGUUUGUACACUUGCUUUUAUGAUGGUAGGUUUAGGAGUUGCUUGUAACGUACCAACAGUUUAUAGUGUUGCUGCAAAAAGUACAAAAGGAGCUGCUGGUGUUGCAUUAGCAACAGUAUCUAGUGUUUCUUUCCUAGGUUUUUUAAUGGGACCUCCGUUAAUUGGGUAUAUAGCUGAACUAUUUGAUCUGAGAUAUUCUUAUGCAUUGUUUGCAUGUUUUGGACUUAUUAUGAUUAUUAUGGUUGGACGUAUGAAAGCUUUUAAAGAAUAA